GGGAGGAGGAGGCAGCACCUGCACCGAGCCUCGCUCUCCGCCGCUGCCUCCAUCGCCAGCUCCCUGGUUCGUCUCUCUCGGUGGUUCCUCCUGGUUCCUCCUGGUUCCUCCCGCUGGUUCCUCCUGGUUCCUCCUGGUUAAAGAUGGCUGACCCCGGCAGCGACGGGGAGGCCCCGGAGAGCGCCCGCGGCUUCGCCCGCCAGGGGGCGCUGCGCCAGAAGAACGUGCACGAGGUGAAGAACCACAAGUUCAUCGCUCGCUUCUUCAAGCAGCCCACGUUCUGCAGCCACUGCACCGACUUCAUCUGGGGCUUUGGGAAACAGGGAUUCCAGUGCCAAGUGUGCUGUUUUGUAGUCCAUAAGCGCUGUCAUGAGUUUGUCACCUUUUCUUGUCCGGGGGCCGACAAGGGACCAGCGUCAGACGAUCCUCGGAGUAAACACAAGUUUAAGGUCCACACUUACUCCAGCCCCACCUUUUGUGACCACUGUGGCUCCCUCCUCUAUGGGCUGCUACACCAGGGCAUGAAAUGUGACCACUGUAUGAUGAACAUCCACAAGCGGUGUGUGACCAACGUCCCGAGUUUGUGUGGGACCGAUCACACCGAGAGGAGAGGACGCAUCCAGAUCUCUGCCCAGAUCACUGAGGACACACUCACCGUCAGCAUCAAAGAGGCGAGGAACCUGGUGCCCAUGGACCCCAACGGCCUGUCAGACCCUUACGUCAAACUCAAACUGAUCCCGGACCCCAAGAGCGAGAGCAAACAGAAGACCAAGACCAUCAAGUGUUGCCUCAACCCCACCUGGAACGAGACCUUCACUUUCAACCUAAAAGAAAGUGACAAGGACCGCCGUCUGUCGGUGGAGAUCUGGGACUGGGAUUUGACCAGCAGGAACGACUUCAUGGGAUCCCUGUCCUUUGGGAUCUCAGAACUACAAAAGCUAGGGGUAGAUGGAUGGUUUAAGAUGCUGUCCCAGGAGGAAGGAGAAUACUUUAAUGUUCCUGUUCAGGCGGAGGGAGAGGAAGGCAACGAGGAGCUUCGACAAAAGUUUGAGAGAGCGAGGGUUGGUCCAGGGAAGGCCGCAGACUCGUCCUCCUCGUCCUCGAUGUACAAGUACGACAGCAAUGGCAAUCAGGACCGUGUCAAGCUCUCAGACUUCAACUUCAUCAUGGUUCUGGGAAAAGGCAGCUUCGGCAAGGUGAUGCUGGCUGAAAGGAAGGGUACGGACGAGUUGUAUGCAGUCAAGAUCCUGAAGAAGGAUGUGGUGAUCCAGGACGAUGACGUGGAGUGCACCAUGGUGGAGAAGAGAGUCCUCGCUCUGGCGGGGAAACCACCUUUCCUCACUCAGCUGCACUCUUGUUUCCAGACCAUGGACCGAUUGUAUUUUGUGAUGGAGUAUAUAAAUGGAGGAGACCUCAUGUACCAGAUCCAACAGGUCGGCAAGUUCAAGGAGCCUCAUGCUGUGUUUUAUGCUGCAGAAAUCGCCAUCGGACUCUUCUUCCUUCACUCCAAAGGCAUCGUGUACCGGGAUCUGAAGCUGGACAACGUGAUGCUGGACUCUGAGGGACAUAUAAAAAUCGCCGACUUUGGCAUGUGCAAAGAGAACAUGUUGGACGGAGUGACCACGAAGACUUUCUGUGGAACACCUGACUACAUUGCGCCAGAGAUCAUAGCCUAUCAGCCUUAUGGGAAGUCUGUGGACUGGUGGGCCUUCGGAGUGCUGCUGUAUGAAAUGCUCGCUGGACAGCCGCCUUUUGACGGGGAGGAUGAGGAUGAGUUGUUCCAGUCGAUCAUGGAGCAUCACGUCUCUUACCCCAAAUCCAUGUCCAAAGAAGCUGUUGCCAUCUGCAAGGGGCUGAUGACCAAACACCCAGGUAAGCGUCUGGGCUGUGGUCCAGAGGGCGAGAGAGACAUCAAGGAGCACGCCUUCUUCCGUUAUAUAGACUGGGAAAAACUGGAGAAUAAAGAGGUCCAGCCGCCUUUCAAACCUAAAGCUUGUGGGCGUGACGCAGAGAACUUUGAUCGCUUUUUCACGCGCCACCCCCCCGAGCUGACCCCCCCAGAUCAGGAGCUUAUAGCCAACCUGGACCAGGAAGAAUUCCAAGGCUUCUCAUUUGUUAACCCUGAGUACCCUCACUCAACCCAGUGACCAUGCCACAUCUCUUUGAGCUGCACUAGUAAACCCCUACACCUCAGAAACAUACACACAAAAGAGAAUAAAUGUGAAAGAAAAUCUGCAUAAAUUCAAAUCCAGGCUGCAUUCAUCAGGGGGAAAACCUUGAAGAGAUAGUUUGGCAUUUUGUGAGCUACACUUAUUUGCUGUCUGUAACAAAGUGAGAUGAGUAGGUUGAUAUCAGUCUCACUUUGGAGCUGGAGUCUGGGCCUGGUUAUCUUAGUUUAGCAUAACAGGAACAGGCCGGGGAAAACUUAGCGCUCCAAAAUAUGUUUUGGUUUCUGGUUUGUUUGUGCAUCCAUCAUCUCCAACUCUUAUCGUUUGAGGGUUGUAGGACUGGAGCCAAUCCCAGCUGACAUUGGGCGAGAGGUGUGGCUCCGACCUUGAACAGCUUGCCAUUAAUCCGCAGGGCAACAGAGACAAAACAAUCAUUCACAAUCACAUUGACACAUACGGACAAUUUAGAGUCUCAUAUUAACAUUAACCCUAACUCUGCGACGGUGGGAGAAACAUAAAUACCAUUUGUUUUUACCAUUUGGGCUUUGACUGGUAUUCCUGGAAUUCCAUUGUUUUCUUCCUCUGUGGUGGUUUAAUGGCUCUGAACUUAAAAUGAGCACCACAAAAUAUUAAUCUUGACGAGCCAACUUCCUUUCGUUCAACAGCAGCAGGUGCUAGUUUGCUAAUUGCAGAUUUACUCGAAAUGUAAUAAACUAAACUUACGUGAACUUUACGAGAACCAAUUCGCAGUUUCCCCUGUUUUAAAGUGUUUUAUGCAAAGCUAGGUUAACUCGGUCCUGACUUCAUCUCUUUACAGAGUGUUCUCAAUACAAUCGUCUAAAUCUAAGAAAGAAUUCAAAUCAUUCCUCCAAAAUGCCAAACUAUUCAUGGAACCAUGUUCGGAUGGAGCUGCAGACAGGUGCUCAAUGCUAACAAUCAGGAGAAAUGGUCAGAUAUCCAUGUGUGAAGUUGCCAGUAGGAGGCUAGUCUUGUUUUGGUUGGUUGAACACGUCGUCAUGUUACACUGCUGCUCUCAUAUCAGCUCUGUCUCUAGUGCAGAAGUGUUGCCCCCCCCCGGCUGCUCAGACCGGCAGGUUCAGGGCGGGAGUCCGACCUCGGGCCGACCUAAACCUGCCCCGUCUCUGUGUCACCCCCCCCUCCCCCUGUAACUUGUGCUAUGACCACAUAUUCCUACAGUGUAAGUGAAAACUGACCAGUUGCUUUGCCUGUGAUCGUUUGAGAACCAGUUUCCUGACGUCAACUUUAUUUUUUUUUCUUUUGGACCAUCCGUCAGUGUUGUUGUGAGCUUAUCUGGACAUUUUUGCUGAUUCCAUUUUCAACCAGUCGAAGGAUUUAAGUAUUUCUACGUAGGAGAGUGCAAGUAUGCGUCUAGUUAGAGAUAUUUGACAGAAGGCUCAUUAAUUUUCUACUGAUCCAUAUCUGAAAACAUUCACCACAUAACACUGUGUUUUUAAUGACAAACAACAUAUCUCUCAGCUUGUACACAACCAUUUUUGGAGAAUUUCCCAUAUGACGGAGCCCCGUAUGGACGUGUAGAGCUGAUGGUUGUUAGCUCGUAGAAACAGGAUGUCCAAAAGUGCCAAACCAUAGGGAAUCUGAAGGUGGUGUGAGGAAAAAAGAUUGUCCUCAACAACUGUGACGAAGGGCAGCCAUCAUGUGCCAUUUUGCAGUACAUGUAUAAUUAUUAGAGUAUUAGAAUAUGCAUUAUAGCUGUAUGUGUUCUCAAACAAUACAACACCCUUCGGAGAAUCAUUUUCAUACAUGAAAUGAAUUGUCUGAGAAGACGAGUGUUUCAUUGUGAGUCAGGUUGUAUUUUUCUUUUUUUUUGUAACUGUAACGAUGCAAGGUAGUGAUGUGUCAAAUCUUGUUGUUUGAGCUCGUAUCAAAAAGGGGUCGGCGGUAGCAUGUGGACGUCAAAGUUUUCUGUUGUAUAAAGACGAUUCUGCCAGACGAAGGAAGUGAGCGCUUAUGAUGAUGAUGAUGAUGAUGAUGAAUCAAUUAUGGCAAAACGGGAGAUAUAACAGAAUAAAGAUAUAUAUACUGUAUCGGAGAGAUGUUUGGAUAACUUGUUGUGGAUGAGAGAGAUGCUUCUGUGGAUUGUGUAAUUGUCCUGUAUGACUGGUAACUGAAAAUAUACAAACUGGUGCCUACCAGACUACAUGUGCUGUGUUCGCUUUGUUACUGCUGCUGCACCCAAAAUAAAGAAACUGCAUUUACCUACA